GCGAUAUAAUAGGAGCCGGUGACACACAGUUCACAUGCAUGACGUAUUGCAUACCGAUGAAUGACGAGAUCGCAAGUUGAAUUAUAGUCCUUCUAACAUAUUUUAUCGAUAAAAUGUUGGCUGAAUACCCAGCCGUUGUCGACUUCGACUUUUCUCCCAUUCCGAGCCCCCUCUUUGGCAAGGAUGAUACUUUCCUCCCGUGUUACCAUGGUGAUCAUGAGACGGAAGUGCCACUCAGCCGUGGGUUUGACCCAACUUUACUAAAUGAGGAAGAGGACGAUGUGAGCUCCAUCUCGGCCAGCAUUCAAUGCUCAGAUACCCUGGAAGAGAAUGAGGAUCUACCCUACCAUCUAGUGGACUCUUCCUAUCCAGACACUGUAAUUGGGCCAUCGACCAGCCAGGAUUCUCCCAUUCAUGGCCAAGGGGUGGAUGUGAAUGAUGAAAUCGAGGGGCUCUUUGGGAGUGUUGACUUUCUGAACAGCAGCUAUCUGGAUCUAGCGCAAGAACCUGUGUCCUUGGAUGUCCCUAAUGUCCUUCAACCGGUUGAAGAGGAUUUUGAUCUUGGUUGCUUGGAAGAGGUACAUGAAGAAAAUUGCAAUAGUGGCGGGUCAAAGGUCGCAGAUCAUGGUAUCCCCUCCACAUCAUCAACAUCUGGGAAACGGAAGCGAAAGAAGAAGAUGGAGGAUAAGGGCUGGGGUGAGAUGGAUGGAGAUGAGAAGGAAGAAGUAGCAGAACACCUGUCUUCAGUGCUCAGAUCACUGCUUGGCCCAAGAGAGCGGUUAGAAGUCAUGUCUCUGAUCUCACAGGACUUGGUCAAUGAGAGGAAUCUAGUUAUAGAACCGCACAUGCUGAGUGAAUCGACCUUGGCGAAGCUGGAAACCUACCUAGAGGAACAGGAGAUGACCGGAGAAGCCAGCGAUUCCGAAAUCAUCUCGGAGCCAGAAAGGAUGCGUAGCUAUGGCAAUGCCACCAAGAGAAAGUGCUCCAGUCUCCCCGCAUCACCUCAGCAUAGAGGGAGCUUCUCGGAAAGAUCGCCCUCGCUAGGGGUAAAAAAGCAGUCUGGUCAGCAGAAAUCUCUGAGAGGUUGGAAACGAAGAACUCGUAAAGAUUACAGACAGGCCUCCAAGGAAAGGAGAAGCGGACUAUUCCAUAAGGAAGAGGUCAUCUCAUUAUCAACAAGUAUAGGCGAAGAGGAAGAAUCUGGUGAAGAAAUUGAUAUAUUAGCCUAGCCCUUGUAUUGGAAAACAGUAGAUAAAUAUUUGGGUACUUGAAAAUGAUAAUAAAGGUAGAUUUUAGACAGGAAACAGUACACAAAUCGCAAUGAAAAUUUUUCUCUUUUAUUUUUCACUUCUUUUUCGCAUUAGUUUGAGAUAAAAAUGUAGAACAGGGUCCUGUCUUACAAGAGUUGCGAUCGAUCUGGUUGACCACAACUAUGGAAAGCAAGCAAUAUCAGCAUCUAAAAUGCAGAUUUAUUCUAAAUAUUUACGAGAUGUAUACUUAUGAUGUAUAUUUAUGCAUUCAUCAUUUUUUUGGACAAUUUAGUAUGCUCCUCUUUGUCUACAAUGGACAUUGUGCAAAUCUCAAGUAAGAUUGAUCCGAUCAAUCGCAGGUAUGGAAAGCCAGCAAAGUCAAUAUAAAAAUGUAUGUUUGUUAAAAAUAUAUUGCUAGAUAUGAAGUAUAUGCAUAAAUUCAUUGACUUCUUGACAAUUUGGUGUGUUCUCCUUUGUUUUCAAAGGACAUUUUGCAAUUUCCUGUUGAAAAAAGUAUGACACUGAUGGAUUUCCAUAGAUUUACGAUUGAUUGGAUCAAUCAUAACUCUUUGUAAGACGGGACCCUGAUCAAUCGCUACCUUAUGUAAUACCAGACCCUGGUGCUCAUGAAUAAUUGAGAAAUCUAAAUCUGCUUGUGAUGCACAUAAAACGCGUCAGAAAUUAUGGUUGGUUCGUGCCACAGUUAUGGUUAAAUGAAUACCAGAAAAUGGAAUGAAGUAAAGAGCUCUUACAGUUCAAAUUUUGCAUCAUUUGGGUGAAACAGUCUUGUGCUUGAAUUUUUUUCUAACAAGGGAGACAUGUUUUGCAACCAUGUAUUAAAUUAUAUAAAACUUAUUAUUUAUUAAAAUAAUAUAAAUACAAUGAAGGAAACAAGAGUGGGCAUGAUAUCAUCAGUCCACCAUUUAUGUAUGAAGUCAUGUAUGUAAUUGUUUUCACAAGACAUUGCCAAACUUAAAAUUUUUUUAACUUCAUUAUUUUUCAUCAAAUUUUGACCCUAAAUAGACUGGGCUUUUUUUAUGCCUAAGAAGACUGGGUGGGCUGAUUUAGCUCCCCCCUGUGAUCUCAGCCGUCGACCUCGCGAUCGCGACAAAAAUUGGUACGUGCGUUACCCGUGGCAUAAUCUCCAAGACUGUAGGAUCAAAUUUUCCGAAAAAUCUCAAUUCAUUAAUUGUGCUAAUUUAUGCGUAAAAUCAAAGAUUUGAUUUUAAUUAAAAAAGGCCUCUAAACUGCUACUUUUUUAUUCACAGACUCUUUGUAGGAUUCUGAUCCAAUGUACUUUACAAAAAAUUAAUAUCACAAUUCUUUUCUCAUGUUUUUAGUGUUUUUUUCAAUGGAAAUCGUCUGCGACUAUUCUGACCAUGAACAAGAUGAAAUUGAGUUCGAUUAGUAAAAUAGAAAAUAAUGAUACGUUUAUGAAUUUGGUUAUUUACAAUUUGCAUUUGAUUUGUAUACAAAUUCAGGUUUUGAGCAAUUUUGGGUCGACAUGCAAUUAUGAAAUGUUGGGUAAUUUCAGAACCACGUACCCGGGUGUCGCAUAUUUGGUCUCAAAAGUUGUGCAA